AUGGGGAUCUGUGGUGAGUCUCUGUUUGCAGUGGGCAUUGGAGAAGUGAAGCUUAAAGGCAACGAGAAGCCUGUAGUGGAGUCCCAGGAGUUGGGAAGAUAUCCCGCGAGAGUGCGACGGGAGCCCGCAGAGUGGUAUCGGGCAAAUGUGGAAGCAGCAACGGACGCCGUGGGAGUCGAAGAGCCAGAGCACGGAGUGGAGAAGACGUCGCCGGAGAAUAGCGACGAUGGCGACAAUGGAGGCGUGUGGGUGACGCCAAAGGCGAAGAAGACAACCCGCAAGAGGAGCGUGACGAGUUAG